UGGUACCCAUUUUUAACAUCAAACUGAAAACGGUUUUGAUGAGCACAGAAAAGAAUAAAACAAUAGCCUACAUCCUAUGUGGUUAAACGUAAUUCGAAGAGUAAGAUGAACUCAUAUUUCGCGUAUUUAUGGCUCAAAUUUGGGACGAUUCUGCUGCUAACUACUGCAAUCUCUUCAGCGAGCAACCAAAUGGAAACACCGCUGGUCUUCAUCAACAACAUUUUCAUGGAUAACAUCAGCAUAGAAAAUCAUACAAUUCAGACUGUAAGUGUGUUGGAUCCCUGGGAGUGUUUUCGUCACUGCGCUAAACACUGUGACUGCGUUGCGUUUCAAGUAAGUGAGAAAAUAUGUGAGCUCCUGGGCACGGACAUUGAUGGAGCCAUUGGAAAUCAGGUGAAAAAACCAGGAACACGUUUCUAUCAUAUGCAGCAAAAUGGUGUGAGGGAACAUUAUAGAUGCCUUAAUGGCUGUUGUCAAUCAAACCCUUGCCUUAAUGGAGGCACAUGCGCAGAGAGUUGCGAUAACAUCAGGAAGCAAUACACCUGUGCUUGUCCACGAAAUUACCAGGGAAAGAGAUGUGAGAUAUUCCAUCCGAGAGUCAAAUCGUGCCAAUCCUAUAUAGAUCUGAAGCCAGAGUCUGAGUCAGGCGUUUACAACCUAAAUGAUACGGUUCAAACUUAUUGUGAUUUUGACUCCGAAGCCGGCAAAGUCUGGACUCUCAUCCAGUCAUUCUCUCUAGAAAAUAAGGCUUUUUACAAGCGAGAACCUUUUUACUUCAACUUCCCGAGAAACGAAACAAGAUUUAACUGGAAUGAUUUUCGAGUGUCAUAUCAAGCAAUGGUCAACAUCCGGGACAACUCGACGCAUUGGCGCGUGACGUGCAAUUUCCCAUCAGGCCUCGAUUUCACCGACUACGCACGCGCGACUCUCCAAGCCACGGAUAUCCUAACAUUUGUUAAUCAGGAUCGCUGUCGGAAGUACGAGUACAUCUCGGUUCGAGGACAAAGUUGUACGGAUUGCUCGGGGAUGAUUGUGCAGCGAGAUACACAACAUAUGCAUACUGACUCGUACUGGAGCGGGAGAAACGGUUGUUUCUGGGAUCCAAGAAUUGGCUCCGUUGUGGGCGAAGAUAAUUUUGGAUUCUAUAACACUAUCAAUACUCAACACAGUUGCACUGAAAAUUCUCUUUCCACCACGCAAUGGUGGCUGGGUGCUGGGCUUUAAAUCUGAGCCCACACUCCGGUAAGCGCGAAUCGUAGUGAAGCACGUGAACACAGUAUAACGGCCAGAAGUCGGGCAUGCGCAAUAGGCUCAAUUAGUUCUUAAAGCUUUUAAUCACGUCACCAUUUUGGCCGCCUCUUAGCUGUUUGAAGUUCGCACCUAUGCAUACGUUUGACAAUUAUGUUGAAAUACACCCCACUGGUGUGAGCCACGAAACUUCUCGUGCGUAGUUUUCUCUAGUCUAACCACUCACUAACACGUGUCUCACGCAUGCAACAACCAGCCCGUAUCGUGAAAGGUACACCAUGUGUGAGCGUCUUUCUCUCGGUCUUAUGAAAAAAUAACGUCGCAUUCAAUGUAAUAAGCAGUCACCCACUAGCAUCAAUGACUUAGAACUCAGGAAGUAGAAGUUCAAGAAGUUCUCUUCACAUAGAAAAGAAAGGCCGGCAAAAUUGCACACUGAG